GUUUCGGCACUAACUUGAUGCUCUGAUUUGAACCAAGCAGUUGGAUUUUAAAGGAACCGCCUGGUCGUGUGUCGAGCUCCACUGCAGUGCUAAGUGUCGGGAGUGUGGCAAUAUAGGGAGAACCCAGACUUCUCCCGGAGGGGGAGAGCGAGGGGAGGAGAGAGAAGAGAACAGAACGGGAGAAGAGCGGAGAGGGACAGAGGCGGGAGGCGCGAGCGGAAACCACCCAGGUGCAGUCGGGGACAACACCGACAUCGAGCCACAGCACAGCGAGCAGGGAGGGGGCCGUGGAUAUAUAUAGAAAGAGGGAUCGCGCUGCGGUAACACCUAGUCACCCAGACUAGGGGAGCCGAGAGCGCGCUGGCAGGGGAGUUCCACUAGCUUGUGCAGUGCGAUCCCGCCCUCAUUGAGCCCGAGGCUGUCCCAGUGCGGAGGGGGACCCGGAACCCGCCACCGCACUCACCUGCUGGAGGUGCCUCCGACUGGAUCAAAGGCUUGAGUCGGAGGGUCCAAAGGCAGCGCGCCCCUGCUCCCCUGCUUCUGAUGGGACUGGCUCUCCUGUUUGCAAAGCCAGGCCCGCAGAGAGAUGUGCUGAGCAGUAGCCAACCGCUGGUGUGUCCCGGACGCUGACCGCUCCGCCUUGGGAUUCACAUGAACAGCUUCCCCAGCAGACCUAGCCCUCCACGCUCCUGCAGCGCCAAGCCGGCUCCCCAACGCGGUCUGCUGAACACAAACCACUGAGAGUUUGCUGCACAGCCCCUUGGGGCCCGGGGCCGCCGAGUCCCGCUAAGGCAGAGAAGCCGGCAGAGCGAGCCAGCGCAGCGGAAGACAAACACGCGGGCGCGUGAGGGAAGCCCCAGGAGGGCAGCCGGGUGGCGAGGCUUGGCAGGAGACAGCCGCUACGCCCGGGGUCGCCUCUCCCGCUGCGGACUGCGUGAGGAAGCGCGCUCCGAAAAGUUCUAGACCGCAGGAGGCGGCGUCCCCAACAGUCCCCUCCUCGCGGCGCUCCAGGAAAAGGAACUUGAGCUACUGGCAGGCUCGAGCUGCUAGCUGAACGUGAGAGCGGAUAGUGCCACCGGCCCCGGAGUGGGGAGCCGCGAGUGGGAGCCGCGAGCCAGGCUUCAGGUGGAGGGCACCGGGCAGCGGCCAGGGACCCCGAUGCCGGCAGCUAACAUGAUGGAGAACCUGCAGCUGCCCGCUCUGCAGGUGCCCGAGCCGCAGGGCGCGCCCGAGGGCAGCGCGGUGUGGUCCAGUUCGUCCACCCCCACGCUCCGCCGCCGGCGCUUUAAGAUGCGCCGAAUGAAGAACGUGCAAGAGCAGAGCCUGGAAGGUGGACUGGUAACCCCAGAUCUACCCGGCGUCCUGGCCCCGGGCAAGGAGUUCCUGCAGCUGCCGUCCAUUGAGAUUACGCCCUCAAGCGACGAGGACACCCCGUGGUCCAACUGCUCCACACCCAGCGCGUCCCCGCGCCGAAAGCGCUUCCUGCUCCGCAAGUGGCUGCGGGUGAGGGAGCGGAAGGAGUGCAGUGAGAGCAGCAGCCAGCAGAGCAGCCAGCAGAGCAGCCACGACGAUGACUCCAGCAGGUUCCUGAGUCCCCGAGUGCGCCAAGAAAGCACUGCCAGUAACUCCAACCGCAGCACGCCGGCCUGCUCCCCCAUCCUCCGGAAGCGGUCCCGCUCGCCAACGCCACAGAACCAAGACGGAGACACCAUGGUGGAAAAAGGCUCAGAUCACUCCUCGGACAAAUCCCCAUCCACCCCGGAGCAGGGUGUGCAACGCAGUUGCUCUUCACAAUCUGGUCGAAGUGGUGGCAAAAAUUCCAAGAAAAGCCAGAGUUGGUACAAUGUAUUAAGCCCCACUUACAAGCAGAGAAAUGAAGACUUCAGAAAGCUCUUUAAGCAACUUCCAGACACGGAGCGCCUCAUUGUUGAUUACUCUUGUGCACUCCAAAGAGACAUUCUUCUUCAGGGCCGCCUCUACCUCUCAGAAAACUGGGUCUGCUUCUACAGCAACAUCUUCCGCUGGGAAACUUUGCUAACAGUCCGUUUGAAAGAUAUCUGCUCCAUGACUAAAGAGAAAACAGCUCGCCUCAUUCCCAAUGCCAUCCAAGUCUGUACUGAUUCAGAAAAGCACUUUUUUACUUCAUUUGGGGCCCGAGAUAGGACAUACAUGAUGAUGUUCCGGCUCUGGCAGAAUGCUCUCCUUGAAAAGCCCCUAUGCCCCAAGGAGCUCUGGCAUUUCGUCCACCAGUGCUAUGGGAACGAGCUGGGUCUCACCAGUGACGAUGAGGACUAUGUGCCUCCAGACGAUGACUUCAACACCAUGGGCUACUGUGAAGAGAUCCCUGUAGAAGAGAAUGAAGUGAAUGACAGCUCAUCCAAAAGCAGCAUAGAGACCAAGCCUGAUGCCAGCCCGCAGCUGCCCAAGAAGUCCAUCACCAACAGCACGCUGACCUCUACGGGAAGCAGUGAAGCCCCUGUCUCGUUUGAUGGCUUGCCGCUGGAGGAAGAGGUAAUGGAGGGUGAUGGGUCCCUGGAGAAGGAGCUUGCCAUCGACAACAUCAUAGGAGAGAAGAUCGAGAUCAUUGCACCUGUGACCUCCCCUUCGCUGGACUUCAACGACAAUGAGGAUAUCCCGACCGAGCUCAGUGAUUCUUCAGACACCCAUGAUGAAGGAGAGGUGCAGGCCUUCUAUGAGGACCUGAGUGGAAGACAGUAUGUGAACGAGGUCUUCAACUUCAGCGUGGACAAACUCUACGACCUGCUCUUCACCACCUCACCCUUCCUCCGGGACUUCAUGGAGCAGCGGCGCUUCUCUGAUAUCAUCUUCCAUCCGUGGAAAAAGGAGGAGAAUGGAAACCAGAGCCGCGUGAUCCUCUACACGAUCACCCUCACUAACCCCCUGGCUCCCAAAACCGCCACUGUCAGGGAGACACAGACCAUGUACAAAGGGAGUCAGGAGAGUGAAUGCUACGUGAUAGACGCUGAAGUCCUCACCCAUGAUGUGCCAUACCACGAUUACUUCUACACCAUCAACCGCUACACCCUCACCCGCGUGGCCCGGAACAAGAGUCGACUCAGGGUUUCCACAGAGCUCCGCUAUCGAAAACAGCCCUGGGGCUUUGUCAAAACUUUCAUUGAGAAGAACUUCUGGAGCGGAUUGGAGGACUACUUCCGCCAUCUAGAGUCUGAGCUAACCAAAACAGAGAGUACCUACCUGGCUGAGAUGCACAGACAGUCACCCAAGGAGAAGGCCAAUAAGUCUUCAGCGGUACGGAGGAGGAAGCGCCCCCAUGCCCACCUGCGGGUACCUCACCUGGAAGAGGUGAUGAGCCCUGUCACCACACCCACUGAUGAAGAUGUGGGCCACAGGAUCAAGCACGUGGCAGGUUCCACGCAGACGCGGCAUAUCCCCGAGGACACUCCCAAUGGUUUUCACCUACAAAGUGUGUCCAAGCUGCUGCUGGUUAUCAGCUGUGUGAUCUGUUUCAGUCUGGUGCUGCUGGUCAUCCUUAACAUGAUGCUCUUUUACAAGCUGUGGAUGCUGGAAUACACCACACAGACCCUCACUGCCUGGCAGGGUCUCAGGCUCCAAGAAAGGCUACCCCAGUCACAGACAGAAUGGGCCCAGCUGUUAGAAUCCCAACAAAAGUAUCAUGAUACCGAGCUCCAGAAGUGGAGGGAGAUCAUCAAAUCCUCAGUGAUGCUCCUGGACCAGAUGAAGGACUCACUCAUCAACCUUCAGAAUGGCAUCAGGUCCCGAGACUACACAUCUGAAAGCGACGAGAAGAGGAACCGCUAUCAUUGACAAGGCAGGACCAGGGGUGACUGCAAGAGGCCUGUGCAAUACAUGCAAGACAGUCAAGUGCUUUCGCUGGACCAAGAGUGGCAAGAUCUGGGCUUCAGUCUUGACUGUGCUGUUGGAAAGUUGUGCGGCCUUGGUUAAGUCCCCAUCACCGAGCUUCACGAUCCACUUGUCACAGAAGAGGAUCAGCAAAUGACCUCUAAUGUGGGGUCUAAGUUUGACCUUGACUCCGAGAUUAGACCAGAGACUAGUGAGAUGUGGAGUUCCCAAUUCUGAAAGCUGUCCCGCCAGGGCAGGUGAGCUUCGCUCUUGACUAAGGAGGUCUAGGGGGUCCCAGUGGCAGGGAUAGCCUUGCUCAGCGUUAACCCAGGAGAACGUUCCUUCCUCCUUUGGCCUAGGUUUAGUUUGGAAUUGGUUUAUGCUUAGAGGAGGAUAAUGGCAAGAAGUGUAUCAUUUUGGACCGAGUCCAUCUUCCAUCUCCAGGCACUGUGAAUCCUCUCUACUGUUCAUCCUCCUUCCUCACUGACGGAAGACACAAUGGGAAGAAGCCAUUCCCAGUUCUAGAACUUGUGUUUUGCUCGGCCAAAACCCUGAUGUGGUUUGCAUAAAUUAGGAAACUUUUGCUAAAAUCCUUGGCUUGCCUUUGGGCCCUGGCAUCAAGGAGUGGGGAGCACCGGGGAACCUCAAGAAGAAUUUGCCACAAGUGGGUUCUCUCCUUGUCCAUAGCCCCUCACCUAUGCUGGGACUGGCCUACUGUUAUCAUAGGCGCCAUCUAUAAGAUGAGGUGUUGGGGACAUGACUGGCUAGGGGAAGACUCUUUCUGGACAGUUGUGCUCCCAGAAGGGUCCUUUCUGGGCCAUACCAUCCCGCUUUCUUAGCUCUGCAGGGCAGCCAAAGCCAGCCCUUCUCUCUAGGGCCUAGGAGAAAUAGCGCUCUUCUCUCUUCCUCCAGGUGGCAGGGCUGUGGUGGCCCUUCCUACACACCUGGACUCUGCCUGCCCUCUCCAGGACUCUCUCCCUCACCCCAACCCCACCCCUGUCUCUAAGCUAUGGGGCAAUCAUUCCCAUUUUCCCUUUGCUGUUCUCUACUCUCGUCCCUCCACCCUCGCCUCACUCCAGCAGGCUGGCCCUACGCCCUUCCAUCUCCCAGUCUUCUUCCAGAAGAUGCAUUUGGGUCUCAGAGGAGUGUUUUCUGGAAGGCCAUCUUUCCACAUCCCUGCAUUCCUGAUGUGAAUCAGGGAUUUGCACUCGGUGUAGAGAGCCUCUUCUCCCACCUCUCUGCCCCACCUCGUUACCUCACUCCUGCUCCAGCCAUUGUGAUGGGCUCAGCCAGCCACCUGUUCUGAUGUGCCGUGCAACAGCUCAGGGGUCUUGUGACUUGGAGGUCCUCAGCAGGCCUGGGAGCCCGGAUUGGAGCCUUGGCUGCCGGUGAGAUGCACUUACCUGCCAAGAUUUGCUGAUGCCAGACUAUCUCCCCAGCAUGUGAAUGCUAAAUGGACAUUGUCAUCUCUGCCCUUUGGUCCUCCUUGCUUCUCUCAAUACAAUAAGACACCUCAGAAGCAAAAUGGCGGCCCUUGCUCCAGGCAGGACAUCUGGCCGUCUGGGGAGUUGGCCCUGGGCUUCUGUGUUGUGUGCAAAGACUGCACAGUCACUUUUGCCAACAAGAAUGUGUGGCACCCCACAUUUCCUCACCUUGCACUCUAGGGCCAGACCACUCUCUGCAUGGACCAGACCCCCAAACCCAUGGUGCUUUUUUUCUCCCCUCACUCAACCUAGACCCUGAGGUGGGGAGAGAUGGAUAUUCCCGACAUGGGGUGGAAUAGGGUGAGGUAGAGGGAGCAGCACCCAGCACCUGCACUGGACCACAAGUGGGAAAGAACAUGGGUUGCUUGCAGUUGAGUUGUCUGGCUGUCUGUAUUGGGAUCGAUAACUGUACUUUGCCUGGCGCUGUGCGCAAGGUCUGAAAACUUCCUGCUAGUCCUUAGAAACAUACAAGGCUACCCAGCAAAAUCUUAAUGUAAAGUAGCUAGAGCCAUGGAAGUCCAGUCUGAAUUAAAGGAAAAAAGUAUUGAAUUACAAAUAAUAAAUGGUUGUGUGUGUUUAU